GAAGAUGAUGAAGAUGAUGAAGAUGAUGGAGAUGAAGAUGAAGAUGAUGAAGAUGAUGGAGAUGAAGAUGAUGUUCCUCCACUUCCAUAUGUAGAGGUAAAAAGAGAGCUUAGCCUACCAGAUUUCUUUAACAAGUCACUUGAGACCGAAGUCUUUCACUGUGACGGCUUAUUGUUAUGCGUCCGCGAUCAUCUUCAAUAUGAAAUAGUGGUUUGGAACCCGUUUACUGGUCAAACCAGGUGGAUCGAAGCCAACAAUGGUUGGAAGCCAUUCAUCACAUUUGUUCUCGGGUACAACAACAACAAGUCCUCCGGCAGUCAAAGAAGCUACAAAAUUUUGUGCUUUGGUCUUGGUGUCAAAGAUGCAGAAAUCUACGACCUUAGCUCCUCUGAUUCGUGGAGGAGGAUUCCUGAUGGUGAUCUCACUCCACCAGGCUGGGGCGGUAUGUUCUCUGAAGACAUCGUGUCUUUGAAGGGAAAUACUUACUUUUUUGCUAAGGAGAAAUCUAAACCGCAACUUGGAGAUUUGUCAUUGGCCAGAUUUGAUUUCUCUACUGAGAAAUCAUCUCUGUUUGUGCCUCUUCCAUAUCAUCGUCCAAGGUGGGAAAUUUUGAGACUUUCUGCUGUUAGGGACGAGAAACUUUCCUUGUUUUUACAGCACGAUGCUACAUACAAGACUGAGAUAUGGGUGACAAGUAAGAUUGAUGAUGACUCCACCAAAGCGGUGUCCUGGAACAAGGUCUUAGCAUUCGAUUUGAUAAUCAUUCAUCUUCAAAUUACUGAGGAUGUAACGUUUGUGCUUGACGAGGAUAAGAAAGUCGCCCUGUGUUGUGAGAGAUUGAUGGAUCACGACGACGACCAAUUGAUCGAUAAGAUAUACAUUCUCGGCGAGGAUAAUCAAGUCAGUGAAUUUGCUUUUGAUCCGACUACAGAUCAGACAGGACCUCGGCCAUUUCCUCUUAAUUACGUUCCAAGUUUGGUCCAAAUCUAGCUACCUGCUGGAGACUAAAAACAACCUCUACAAGAUGUGGUCUUGUAGUGUUUCUUGCUUGCUUUAAACACAGUUUUUUUUGUAAGUAUUAUUAUGGUCUAAACAUGUCUCGUACAGCAUAUGUCUAACAAAUAAGUGUUAUGUCUUAAACGAAUCUACAAGAUGUGGUAUUGUAGUGUUCCUUGCUUGCUUUUAAGUUUUAAACAAACAGUUUUAUGAUUAAAACAUAUGUCUAAAGA